AUGAGUAUGCUAAAACCAAGUGGGCUUAAGGCCCCUACGAAGAUCCUUAAGCCUGGAAGCACAGCCUUGAAGACACCUGCUUCUGUUGCAGCUCCAAGAGAAAAAACAAUAACCAGUGAAAAAGCAUCAAGCACUCCGUCUGCUGAGACACAAGAGGAGUUUGUGGAUGAUUUUCGAGUUGGAGAGUGAGUCUGGGUGAAUGGGAACAAGACUGGAUUUAUCCAGUUCCUGGGAGAAACCCAGUUUGCACCAGGCCAACGGGCCAGGAUCGUUUUAGAUGAACCCAUAGGCAAGAAUGAUGGUUCAGUGGCAGGAAUUCGGUAUUUCCAGUGUGAGCCUUUAAAGGGCAUAUUCACCCGACCUUCAAAGUUGACGAGGAAGGUGCAGGCAGAAGAUGAAGCCGACGGCCUGCAGACAACUCAUGCUUCCAGAGCGACUUCGCCUCUGUCCACUUCAACAGCCAGCAUGGUGUCCUCUUCCCCAGCCACCCCCUCAAAUAUUCCCCAUAAAUCGCCCCAGCCAACCGCAAAGGAACCUUCAGCUAUGUCUCAGAUCAGCAACCUUACAAAAACCACCAGUGAAUCUAUUUCCAACCUUUCAGAGGCCGGCUCAAUCAAGAAAGGAGAAAGAGAGCUCAAAAUUGGAGACCGAGUAUUGGAGAUGCGGAUUUGA